CCAUGUUGUUGUGGUUGUGAGAAGGCGGCGGCAGCGGCGGCAGCGGAGUAGCCGGCAGAGACGCUCCAGCGGCCCAGGCGCUGCCCCACGCCGGCCCUGGCUGGCAGCUUCGUGGGGUGGCGGAGGAGGCCGUGCGGUGGCGGGCCUCGCCAUGUCCUGCUACCUGAAUUCCUUGUGAAGCCUCAUAGAAGAAAAAGUUCUCAGGACAGUAUUCAUUUGGUCUCAAGUAGAAGAGAAAGAAGAGCCUUGUUAGAGAUUGGAGAAGGACGGGGUCUCUCCUGCCUUGGACUGGUCAUGGAUGAAGAGAUGCGGCAUAGCCUGGAGUGCAUCCAAGCCAAUCAGAUAUUUCCCAGGAAGCAGCUGAUUCGAGAAGAUGAGAAUCUGCAGGUUCCUUUCCUUGAACUUCAUGGAGAGAGCACAGAGUAUGUGGGCCGUGCUGAGGAUGCCAUCAUUGCCCUUUCUAAUUACAGACUUCACAUCAAGUUUAAGGAGUCUCUUGUUAAUGUUCCAUUACAGCUUAUAGAAAGUGUUGAAUGCCGUGAUAUAUUCCAGCUUCAUUUGACAUGCAAAGACUGCAAAGUUAUCAGAAUACAUGGUCCCACACCAUUUUUCCAUUUUGAAAAUUUUUAUUUAUUUCUUUAUUUCUGCUGUCUCUCUCUGUCUCUAGGGGAGCAUGUAACGUCAAGGUUUAAGAAUGAAGUGGAGCGGAUGGGUUUUGAUAUGAACAACGCCUGGAGGAUUUCCAACAUCAAUGAGAAAUACAAAUUGUGUGGUAGUUAUCCACAAGAGCUCAUAGUACCUGCCUGGAUCACUGACAAAGAACUAGAAAGCGUGGCAGGCUUCCGAUCCUGGAAGCGCAUCCCUGCUGUUAUCUACAGGCACCAGAGCAAUGGAGCUGUCAUUGCCCGCUGUGGACAACCGGAGGUUAGCUGGUGGGGCUGGCGGAAUGCUGACGAUGAACAUCUGGUGCAGUCAGUGGCCAAAGCUUGUGCUUCUGACUCCCAAUCAAGUAUCAGCAAGGGUUCCACUAGGAACAGUUGUCGGGACUUUCCCAAUGGCGGAGAUCUUUCUGAUGUGGAGUUCGAUUCCUCUCUUUCAAAUGCUUCAGGAGCAGAAAGUUUAGCUCUCCAGCCACAGAAACUUUUGAUCUUGGAUGCACGCUCCUAUGCAGCAGCUGUGGCAAAUCGAGCCAAAGGAGGAGGCUGUGAAUGCCCAGAGUAUUACCCAAACUGUGAAGUUGUGUUUAUGGGAAUGGCAAACAUCCAUUCUAUCCGGCGGAGUUUCCAGUCUCUGCGACUGCUGUGUACACAGAUGCCGGAUCCUGGAAAUUGGCUUUCAGCUCUUGAAAGCACAAAGUGGCUACACCACCUGUCUGUGCUCUUGAAGUCAGCGCUUCUUGUAGUACAUGCUGUGGACCGUGAUCAACGGCCUGUGUUAGUGCACUGCUCAGAUGGCUGGGACCGUACUCCCCAGAUUGUGGCAUUGGCUAAGCUCCUGCUGGACCCUUACUACCGAACAGUAGAGGGUUUCCAAGUCCUUGUGGAGAUGGAAUGGCUGGAUUUUGGCCAUAAAUUUGCUGACCGGUGUGGUCAUGGGGAGAAUUCAGAUGAUCUGAACGAACGUUGCCCAGUGUUUCUGCAGUGGCUUGACUGUGUUCAUCAGCUUCAGAGGCAAUUUCCUUGCUCUUUUGAGUUCAAUGAAGCAUUCCUUGUGAAACUGGUACAGCAUACCUAUUCCUGCCUGUUUGGAACAUUCCUGUGCAACAACGCCAAGGAGAGAGGGGAAAAGCAGACUCAGGAACGGACAUGCUCUGUGUGGUCACUUCUUCGGGCAGGCAACAAGGCUUUCAAAAACCUACUGUAUUCAUCUCAGUCAGAAGCCGUGCUGUACCCCGUGUGCCAUGUGCGGAAUCUGAUGCUGUGGAGUGCAGUGUACCUUCCCUGUCCAUCUCCAUCUACUCCCACAGAUGACAGCUGUGCACCAUACCCAGCCCCAGGCUCCAGCCCUGACGAUCCCCCCUUAAGCCGGCUACCCAAGACUAGAUCAUUUGACAAUCUGACCACAGCCUGUGACAACAUGGUGCCUCUGGCCAGCCGGCGCAGCAGUGACCCCAGCCUGAAUGAGAAAUGGCAGGAGCAUGGGCGCUCCCUGGAGCUGAGCAGCUUUGCUGGCUCUGGGGAAGAGGCUCCUGCUAUGGACAGCCUGCGGAAGCCCAGCAGGCUGCUUGGAGGUGCUGAGCUAUCUGUGGCGGCUGGUGUGGCUGAAGGGCAGAUGGAGAACAUUUUGCAAGAGGCCACCAAAGAGGAGAGUGGGACAGAAGAACCUGCCCACAGGGCGCACACUGAGGUACCAGAUAUCAAAGAGGAGACACUCCUAGCAAAGGAGAGCAGUAUGGUGACUGAGGGCUCAGUCGUACUUCACCAAGAACCAGAGCUAGAUGAUGCUACUCUAAGAAACCAUCUAGACCCCAGCCUGCCUUUGUUCUCACAGGAUACUCCUGAACAGCAGGAUGAACACAAUGUUCUCUCUAGUUCACCCCAGGCUCCCCUCAGGGGAGAGGACUCCCAGGAGGUCCCUGUGGAGCAGCCUCAAGUAGAGAAUAUUGCAGAGGACAGGGAAAAUGUAGCUCCUGCUGUCCCAAUAGAUGCAAAAGUUGGCCUUGGUACCUCACAGUCUAGUUCUCCGCUGCCUUCCCAAGUCCCAUUUGAGACAAGAGGACCACACACAAACAGCUCCAUGCACACGUUACUAGUGGAUAAAGUGAAGUCAGAGAGUAUGCCCCAGCUCCAUCACAGACCUUGCCUGGCAAGCAGUGGUAGGUUCAGUGGCAGGGACAUGCUUCCCAUGGCUCCAGAGCCCAGGUCUGCUGAGAGGCCCCAAUGGGAUUCUGUGCUAUAUAGGACUUCAUCCCCUGGUAACACCCUCAGCCUGAUGCGGGCUCCUUGUGCCUUGCCAUUAGACAAAUAUAGACAGGGAAUUGUGUGCAACGGUGCCCUAGAGACUGAAAAUAAGGCUUCAGAACAGCCUUCAGGGUUUGGCACCUUUCAGAAGUACCCCACACCCAAUGGACACUGUGCCAAUGGGGAGACUGGGAGGAAUAAGGACUCACUGAGCCACCAACUAUCUGCCACAAGCUGCAGCUCUGCUCACUUGUACUCAAGGAACUUGCACCACAAGUGGCUGAAUAGCCACUCAGGGAGGCCAUCCACUACCAGCAGCCCUGACCAGCCUUCCCGCAGCCACCUGGAUGAUGAUGGCAUGCCUGUAUACACAGAUACAAUCCAACAGCGCCUGCGUCAGAUAGAGUCUGGCCACCAGCAAGAAGUGGAGACCUUGAAGAAACAAGUCCAGGAGCUGAAGAGUCGCCUGGAGAGCCAGUACCUGACCAGCUCUCUGCGCUUCAAUGGGGACUUUGGGGAUGAAGUGAUGACCCGUUGGCUACCUGACCACCUGGCUGCCCACUGCUAUGCCUGUGACAGUGCCUUUUGGCUCGCCAGCAGGAAGCACCACUGCAGGGACACUGACCGUGUUGAUCAAACGUGGAAUUGUGGGAACGUAUUCUGCUCCAGUUGUUGUAACCAGAAGGUUCCAGUUCCUAGCCAGCAGUUAUUUGAACCCAGUCGAGUGUGCAAGUCUUGCUACAGCAGCCUUCAUCCCACGAGCUCCAGCAUUGACCUUGAACUGGAUAAGCCUAUUGCUGCCACUUCAAACUGAAGCCAGUGACCUGGGGUGGCAGAGGCCAUGCUGCUGUUCGUUUCAUAGGCUCAUACACAGCCUGGGCAGUCCGAGAGGCCCAUACACUUUGGAAUGGGGGCAUGGAACAACCUGUACAGAGAUUGGGAUGUACCACUGGAUUGUAAAUUGGUUUUUGUUUCAUCUUCCCUUCCCUUUCCAUGUUCCCUCUUUGCCUUUUAAAAAGAAAAAUGCCCCCAGUUGUCUUACUUUUUUUUUUUUUUUUUUUAAAUGGAAGCCCAGAGGUUGCCAGGCCCCUAUAACUGCUGAGCUGUUUGCUCUUUGGCAUGCUGGGGAAUGACUCAGUGCUUCCCAGUGGAAGGAGCCAGAAUGAAGGCCUGAGUGAGCACAACAGAAAGUCAGCUUAACAUAAGUGACCAUUCCUCACAUCACAGCUACGGCAGAGCCGGUUGGUAAACCUUUGUGCCGGGGAGGCUGGAAGGACCUUUCUGGAGAGUGCUAUUCUGGGGAGGGAUAGGGUCAUCCCAACUCACAGGUAAAAACAGGAUGACAUUGGGAGGAAGGGCACACAGUGAGGUACUCCACAGGCCUCACUUUGAAAGAGGGGUCUGUGCUUCUUUUGAGUUACGGAGGGGCUGGGUAGCUGACAUGUUGGCCCACAUGGAUUCUAUCUUUAACUUGACCAGAUUGGGUAGGGCUCCCUUUGCCUGGGCUUCCAGAUAAAGGUGCAGAACAGCCAGACUGCAGUGCCCUGCUGCUGUGCUCAAGACCUGCAUGGGCCUAGGCGCCUGGAGCUUCUUCUGGGGCCUGGUCCUACAAACAAUCUCUUCCUCCGCCAACACAGGAAAAUCCAGACUCAGGGUUCCACAAGUCCCCAUUCCCAAAGUAAACCAAUCAUGCAUCUCCCCUUGAGGGGCAGAGUCCCACAGUUACAAAGCUCUCCACACGAUCAGUCCUCCUCUUCCCCUACUUCAGGGGGCAGUAGGAAGGACCCAGGAGUCCCCUGUCCUGUUUCUGGCUGCCUGAGUGGGCACAUUCUGGCUUUUGCUACGAAUGAAGAACCACUUGGUGAUUGCAGGGUUCUUAGAAAAUGACAUGAGGAGUUUUGAUGUGGUCCAAAAAGAGCCUUAGAGCAGUAAUUAUCUGUGGUGGAGGUGGGUGUGGGAAGGGUGGAGAGUAGUUGGUUUGUGCUUUGAAUUGUUGGCAUCUAUUUGUGCCUGCUCCCACCCCCAGGGCCAUGCUUGGCUCUUCUAAAAGCCGCGAGCUGGUAACAGAACAGAGUGUAGUGUGAGGGCUGGGUGUGGUUGGGUGGACACCUCAGUUCUAGCUGGCCUGGUCCAUGCCCCUCUCCUUUGGAAGCUGUUACCUGACCAUGGGCAUUCUGUGUCUCAGGAAGAUGGUUCUGCAUAUUUCCUGAGUGUGGGUGCGAGAAGUCCAGAAGCCUUCCCUAGCACUGUUGGCUGAAACGAAGCCCAGGGUAUCAGAGCACUGCUCAUUCCUCAAGCAACAAGUCACACAGAGGCCGACUCUAGUGAAACAGGGUGACAUGCUCCUCCAUGCUUGCUGUGUCUGGAGGUGCAGGUAGGGAAAGGUUGGUGUAAUUGAAGAUUGUGCAGUUCCUAGUGACAGGUGCCAAGAGGUUAUGAUACGGGUUUCUUGGGUCUGUUGUACAGUGUGAAUAAAUGCUUGCAGCUCUUUGCCCUUUUUGAUCAAUGAAGCACUUUUUUAUUAAUAUUUUCUUUGUAUGUAAAGGAGGAACCGUAACUCUCCGUAGCUGUACAUAAAACCCUUUUCUCCUAAAGAGGAGUCAAUGCUCCUAUAUUUUUCAUUUUUUUGUCAAAGCAAGAAGUAAAUACUUUAGAAUUGUUAAAUAUAUAGAUAAAGUGAAUAAAGUUGAGUGUCCGCACAGUG